AUGCAAGGGGGCAGCAGUCGGUUGUCCCUUCCCCUGCGCAUCGGCCCCCACAUUCUCCUUCUCGCUGUGGGAGUCCUGAUGAAGACUCUCACAGGCCUGGCCGAAGCAGAAAAUGGAGCAGACGAGGAACCGUACUCUGUUAAGUUCAUUACAAAGAAUUAUAUUUACGGCAACACAGAACAUAAAGUAAAUGUCUACGUGAAAGUGCACCGAGAUAGUCCCUUUCUAGUCUGCAUGGACUUGACUCUUUCCCAAAGUGAAGUCUUAGACCCCAAUCACCUAUGGAUUGGGCCACAGGGACAGGAUCUAAGAGGACAGAAAUAUGUGAACAUCACAGAAACCGGAAAAUUGAUGCUGCUCAAUUUUAACGAAAACUUGUCCGGAUCUUAUACUUGCACGCUUACUUACAGAGUUGUCCAAGGGGACAUGCAAGUUGAACAAGAAAAAGUCCAGGCAUACAAAUUUAUGGUUUAUGCAUAUCGGGAGCCGGAUUACACAUAUCAUGUGUCUGUUCACUAUACCACCAAGGACUGCAGUUUGAAAGCCAAUGAAGAAUUCUUCAAAGAUCUAGAGAAAGUCCUGAACCAUUUGAUUUCCCACCUGACCUGCCAUGUCAUAGAUUCAUCAUACAAAUGUCACUCCGUCAAGAGACCCAAGCAUGUGCUGAUGGAGGAGCUGUUUGUUACUUUUCAAGUCAACCCCUUUGCCCCCGGCUGGGAAGUUGCCUGCCAGAAGACCACCCAAGACUGUGAAGACGUGACAAACAGCCGCGUGCAAGAGGCCCGAUGGCUGAUUGAAGAGUUUUUCCGCAAGCAGUCGUAUGUCUUGAAACAUGAAUUUCAGAACACCCCUGUGAUUCAUUACGUAGACCACAGUUUCCAAGUCACUCGCCUCGACAGCUGUCACCCAGGAUUUGGGAAAAACGAUGUCACUCACAAUGACUGCACAAACUGCUGUGUGGCCUGUGACCCAGGGACCUACAGCCCCAACGACGAGGUGGUUUGUCUCAAAUGUACCAACAUUCGGAUUACAUUCUAUGGAGCAAAAUCUUGCUAA